GCGACUUUCCGUUCGAUACGCAAACUCGCAGCUGAUUCGCUGUCGGGUCAAUGUGAUUACCAGCAUCAGUAAUCAUCCAUAAAGGGCCAUCUGUACAAAACAAUAGCGUCAGUAUCUUGCAAAUACUAAUGCUAGCUAAUUGACGAGCAAUGCAUCCGUACUCAAGAGAACUGUUGUAACGGACCACCCCGGAAACCCUUUGGCACCCACGGAUGGCAGGAAUAAAUGCAUGCAGUGUCUGAACAAGAAUUCGAACUGUGUUGCAACAGACCAAGGAAUCUUCCAUUAUGACGGCCACCACAACAGAGCACGAGAAGCCGCAGCUCUCCAAAAGUCGCGAGCUGAUCGUUGCAGUUGCGAUCGUCUUGACUCAGUUUGUUCAGAUGAUACCAUUCGGAGCAGGAAUCACCGCGGCAGUCGCAAUUGGGAAAGACCUUGGUGCAGAUCAAUAUGCUUCCGCCUGGAUCGCAGCAAGUUACCCCCUAACGCAAGGAGCAUAUGUCCUGAUGGGUGGCCGGUUGGGACAGAUAUACGGUCACAAAAAUGUGCUCAUGGUAGCUGGUGUCUGGUGGGUGAUACUUACGCUAGUUUCAGGUUUCACGAGGAACUUGAUCGCUCUGUGCACGCUGAGAGGUUUAACCGGCAUCGGAGGAGCUUUCAUGUUGCCAAAUUCGCUGGCACUUCUCACCAUUACAUUUCCUCCUGGACGUAUGAGAAACAUCACGGUUUCUCUGUUCGGAGCCAUGGCACCUGUUGGUGCGGCUGGCGGGUCCAUAUGGCCGGGACUUUUCGUCCAGUUGACCCCGUGGAAAUACCUCUUCAUCUUCCUGAGCCUUCUCGGCGCAGUUAUCUUUACGGUUUUCUUCUUCGUCGUACCUUCAGAAGGAGAGCCUUUUGACAAAGGUGCAGCUCUGGACUGGGUUGGCGCGUAUCUGGGUACAACUGGACUUGUCUUAUUCAACUUUGUGUGGAACCAAGCACCUAGCGUUGGUUGGGAUGAGCCAUAUGAAUAUGCCCUCCUCUUCGUGUCCGUUUUGCACCUCGCUGGCUUCAUUAUCUGGGAGAGAAACAUUGCCAAAGUCCCAAUCUUACCCUUCGACAUCUGGACCGCACCGUCAUUUGCGCCAAUGAUUGCAGCAGCGUUCAUCACGUUCAUGGCCGUGGGCGUUGUCAUCUGGUACAUCAGUAUCUGGGAGUACCAAAUCCGGGGUUACACGCUCUUACUGCUGGGAGCUAGCUACUCGACUCUCGCAGUGUGCGGAGCAGGAGCUGCUUUUGCCAGUGGUAAAGCCAUUCGUAUCCUUCCAGCACAAUACAUCAUGGUGAUUGGAGCCGUCGCUACAGCGGUGUCGAACAUUCUGCUCGCAACCAUGCCAGCACAUCAAACCUAUUGGGCGCAGGUGUUCCCUGCGCUCAUAUGCCUGGCAUUUGGACCAGAUUUUAUUUUCACGGCUGCUCAGAUAAUUGCCAGCAACGCAGUGAAGAGGAGGCAUCAGGGCAUUGCAGGUUCAUUGGUGGGGACUGUAGCCUCGUAUGGGAUGAGCACAGGUCUGGGAGUGGCGUCCACGGUCGAGGUUUACACAAAUGGUCAUGGUAAAAAGCAAAUCCAAGGGUUCCGACAUGCCCUCUACCUUGGUGUAGGUAUGGCAAGCCUCGCGGCGAUCAUCGCUUUGAUGUCUGUGAGGAUACCCAAGGACACUCGAGAAGGCUGGGACGAGGACGAUGAUCCUGAUCCCAGGCCUGAGGAAACGAGAGCUGAAGUCACACAAUAAUGAUCGGAGCGCCCUGGCCAAGCAUUGAGACAAAUAGGGAUAUACCUGUAGGUAUGUAAACAUAGCGAUGAUGAUCAGGAACUCGACUGUCGCUGAUCACGCCAUGCACAUGUACUGUGGUAAGAGGAGCACGAAUCUGAGACCUGCUGGCAAAUGAGAAUCGGCAUAAUGUGCAUGAGUAUAGAGCCGCUUAAGUUGCCGGUUAUGGCUUAUCCUUAUCAGCGACCAGAGCGGCGGGUCAAUUU